AUGGUCGCCUUUUCCCGAUUGUCUGUUGCUUCGGCACUUUUCGCACAGCAUGUCUUCGCCGGACGCAGCUUGGUCGCACGCAAUGAGACGCAAGAUUUCACGACGAGUUUGCUGCAAGAGUCAAUGGACUGGAUGGACAUGUACUAUGACACGGAAAGAGGAUAUCUGUUCGACUUGGACGCGGCUGCCAUGGUGCACGAUACCAGGUCGAGCGCUUGGUAUGCCGCGGGUCUGCUAGCACGCAACGAGAACGACGAUGUAGAGCAGGCCGUCAGGAUCGUGACCAACAUUAUCCAGGGCCAAUUCAAGAAUGAGAGCGAGCAGUGGUACGGCGAUUACCAAAAGUAUCCUGAAGAGCCCUAUGUCGGUACGCCAGAAUACCCAGCCUCAAUCUACAACUCGUGGGACCCCAACUGGCGCGGCUUCAUUGGCACCACGUUUGUCAUUAUGCUCGAGGAAUUCCCGCAUCUCCUCCCGGAAGACACGACAGCGUAUAUUCUCGAGAGUCUGUACAACACGACUAUUGGCGAUAGUUAUCGUGUGGGUGGUGUCGACGAUGACAAUCUGUACCCUGCGUACAGCAAUCCAUCCAUCAUGCGCGCCUUUGUCUCUGGAUACAUUGGCCGCCGUCUCAACGACGCAAACAUGACGAGCGCUGGUGAAGCCUACGCCAAAGACAUCAUCGACCUCUUCACCCGCGAUAACACGCUGUCUGAAUUCAACUCUGGCACCUACGCUGGUGUCUCGCUGUACGCGCUUACCCUAUGGGCCAAGUACCUCUCUCCCGCCGACAGCAUCAUGGGCGAGUACGGUCCCCGCAUGAUCCGCGAUACAUGGAGUAUCCUCGGCCAACUCUACAACGCGAACCUGAAAAACGUCGCCGGGCCCUGGGACCGCGCCUACGGCUUCGACAUGAACCGCUACCUGAGCAUCCUCGCGCUGCACAUGUGGACGCUAGUCGGCAAAGAAAAAGCCCCCAUGCACAAGAAACCGUGGGCAAUGGGCCACAAAAACGACUUCGCCAUCGGCCCCUUGAUCGCUAUCCUCGCCCCCUUCCACAACAACCUCGUCCCCAACACUACCUUGUCCUCCCUGACCACUUUUCCCGCCACACACUCCGUUUCCACCUCGGCCUUUUCCCCACCCUACGACACCUACCCGCGCAACAUCUCCGCCUGGCUCUCCCCCACCUUAACCAUUGGCGCUACCUCGUUUGCCGAAAACGUAAUCGGCGGGCCCAGCAUCAAUCAGAAUUCCUUCAACCCGGCUGUCGUACAGUGGGCCCGGCCCGAACAGGAGAAAGACGGCGUCGGAUGGAUCACGCUGUAUGCGCAGACCAAAGCACUGCAAGCUGUUGUUGGCCCCGGCAGUCUGGAACUCACCUACCCGGAUGGUGCGGCGAGUCCGACUGGUUUUUCGUUUCUUGUCGCGCCCAAUGGGUGGAAGGGGAAGAGGGAUGUCAAGUCCUGGGACGAUGUGCAGGGGUUGAAGGUUAGGAAUGUGAGUGGGACGGUGGAU